AUGUGCACGAUGGACGCUGAAGCUGUGAAAAAUGAGAUGACUUGCUGCUCAUCCAACUCCUCGCUCUCUGAUUUCAACACUUUGCCGAGAUGUCCGAAUCGCGUUGGCUCCAUAACUGUCAUCCUUGGACCAAUGUUCAGUGGAAAAACGACUGAAUUGCUUCGACUACACGACCGGCAAAUAAUCGCCAAGCGAACAUGUGUACUUGUGAAGUAUGCUGGUGACACUCGUUACGAUGCCGACCUGGUUGCCACUCAUAGCAAAAUGACUGGACAAGGACGCACUGUCAAAGCACAUCGACUGGAUGAGGUCUCCUCACAAAUCUUCAGCGACGACGUUCAAGUCGUUUCAAUUGAUGAGGGGCAAUUUUUCGAUGAUCUCGCCGAAACCUGCGAAGAAUUGGCUCAACGUGGGAAAGUUGUGUGCGUCGCCGCGUUGAAUGGCACAUUCGAGAGGAAGCCAUUCCCUCAAAUCUCACUUCUCCUACCGUACGCCAAUGAAAUCAAGCAAGUCACCGCGGUGUGUGUUGAGUGUGGGUCUCAAGCGAACUUCUCUUUCCGGAGCACACUUGACAAGAAAGUCGAAGUUAUCGGAGGAGCCGACACCUAUACUGCUCUCUGCAGAGAAUGCUACGUUCAAAAGAGUGAAGAAAAGGAUGCUGAGGAGCAGUUGAAGACCGGAUGUGACAAGAACGAGAACGACAUCACUGGUAUUGUUAUGGCGAAGAAGGAGCAGCGAUCGGAUGGAUCCGUUUCCCCACCACGCAAGAAAAUCGGUCUCAGCAAGUCGGUGGCUCUCGAGUCGACUGUCCGGAUCUAA